ACUGCCCACCGCGCGGAGCUCAGUAGCGAGCGGUGGCAAAAGUGCCAGGGCGGUGAUCGCGGACUUUCCCGAGGAGCCCUUCGGGGAUAAGCGCGCGGUCCUCCAGCCACACUGGGUGGCGAAGACAGGAGGAAACCUGCUUUUUCAUUGAGAGAUCCUGUCACAGAAAUGUGUGAGUCCUUGGAUAAAUUUGGCUUGGUGACGGCAAUGCCUUCUUCAGAGACACUGCUACUUCCUCCACGCACCUUUUCUACCCUGACUUAAGUUUCCUAGUGUUAAUCCCCGUGAUAAGUCAGAGGAUUUGCCCUUUUCACACUCUCUUGACACUAGGUAUCCUGUCCUCUUUCUUACUCCUUUAGGAGGAUCUGGGGUUGCAGUGUCAACCCUGUGGCUGCCAAGGAGAUGGGGUCCUCUCCAGCAGCCCUCCUGGCGAUUGGGUUCUCUUUGAUGUAAUUGGCAGAAUUUCCGGAAGCUGCUGGGGGAUGUCUGAGUAGCUCCGAUGGAGCUCCACCAUCUUGCUAGGAAGAACAGCCAGGCAGCCUUGUGCAAUGCUGUGGGCUGGAGUUCAGGAGGGUCUCCCGUCGGCCAGGCAGAUUCGGCAGCCUCCAAAGCUGCUCUCUGCUGCCAGAGACGCUGUGCAUCGACACCAAGAGCACCCGAGAUGGAAGGCUCUAAACUUUGCCCUUCUCCAUCAUCCACCUCCUCUCUGCAAGACAGUGUUAUUCAGCCAGACUCCUUCCCACCUGGACCUCUCACCUCAGGGAACACCCAAGUAGCAGAACGGAAAGUCUGCAAUUGCUGCAGCCAGGAACUGGAAACUUCUUUCACUUACGUGGACGAGAAUGUUAACUUGGAGCAGAGGAACCAGAGCUCCCCUUCUGCAAAAGGGAGUAAUCACACGGGAGACCUUGACUGGGGAGAUUCCAAUGAGUGGUCCCACGAGGCUGCCAUUUCCUUGAUAUCUGACGAUGAAGAUGAUACAAGUUCAGAAGCCACAUCUUCAGGGAAGUCAGUAGACUAUGGCUUCAUCAGCGCCAUCUUGUUCUUGGUCACGGGCAUCUUGCUGGUGAUCAUCUCUUAUAUUGUCCCACGGGAAGUGACUGUGGAUCCCAACACCGUGGCCGCCCGGGAGAUGGAACGCCUGGAGAAGGAGAGCGCCAGGCUCGGGGCGCAUCUGGACCGGUGUGUGAUUGCCGGACUCUGCCUGCUUACUCUCGGGGGUGUCGUUCUGUCCUGUCUGCUCAUGAUGUCUAUGUGGAAAGGGGAGCUGUAUAGUCGCAACAGGUUUGCGUCUUCCAAAGAGUCUGCAAAACUCUACGGUUCUUUCAGCUUCAGGAUGAAAACCAGCACUAAUGAAAACACCCUGGAGCUGUCCUUGGUAGAGGAAGAUGCUCUGGCUGUUCAGAGUUAACUCUGGUUGUGAACCUCUGGAGAGUCUGCCUUGGCAUUUUAUAUGAGAAAACAAACAAACAAAAAACAAGCCACAUUUCUUAAAAUUGACAGCGCAGUUCGUUUGCCUGGCAAGAAAAGUUUAUGCCCCAAACCAACAGCCUGUGAGUGUUUUGUUCUCCGUGUGUUUUUUCUUUAGAAGAAAGCCAUGUAAGCUGCAUUAGGAAACCACAGCCAGCUGCCCCUGACCUUCUGAGGAGCUGAGACGGAUGCAUCUGAAAUGCCAUCAGUUUCUACUUCAGUAGCCAAAUACUCCUAGCAACCUAAUGUACAAAUGAUUUCUUUGACAAGAUAUAGGGCAUUGUUCUUCGGACACUAGGAGUUCCCACAAAAAGAUCAAUUAUAGUCGCCUAUUUUGUGAAAAAUAACUUAAGCACUAAUCACAUAAUAAGGCUUAUAUUUAAUUCUCAAAGGUUCUUAUCCAUUUUGUUAGUAAUUUUUUUCUUUCUGUAAUUUGGCUACUUGCUAAAAUACAGGGUUUUGAAUUUAAAUGUUUUAAAACUUGAGGAUACUGGUUAUUAGAAAACCUACAAAAUUGCUUGUUAUAUUUAAAAUUAUUCCUGUACUCACAAGUGGUAAUUGAGUCAUUAGAAUACUGGCACUUUCUAGUAAUCAUUGUAGGACCAAUCUGAAUUUAACCCAUAAUGGUAGUGCCAGGUAUUAGCCAGUGUCACAUGCCCAUUUUCUAGAGGAAGUCAAGUUAGUUGCUGAUAUAAAUUUCAUUGUCUGUUCCUGGUUUAGCUAUGGUACUGGUUACUCAUGCUCUUGAAGUCUGUCCUGAUUCUCACAUGAGAGAGGCAAAGUGUGAGAGAUUUUUAAUAUACUUCCAGACAUGCAAACAUCUAGGCAGAUCUGAGUCAUGACUGGCUCAGGAAUACUCCCACGUGACUUUCUGUUGUUGUUUGGAGAAAACUUCCGAUACAAUUGCAGCUAGACUUGCGGACUGCUACUAGAAGCCCGCACCACUUGCUCUAUGCCAUGCAGCAGGACAUUGCCCAGAGAUGGCAGCAGUCCUUAAGCCCAGAGCCAAAGAAUUAAAGGGGAGGAUGGGAGAUAUUAAACACACUGAUUCCAUGGGAACUGCACCCCUCAUCACAGUGCUCCAGGCCUCCUGCUGAGCUCCUUAUACCCAGGCCUUCAGUAACUGAGCUCUGGCCUUAGGAAGCUCUAUGAGAGACACGAUGCGCAAUGUGGCCACAACUUGCAAAACACCCAGUGUCUGCAUUAACACACCAUCUCCCUAUGGUAAUGGUUCAGGAAGGGGUUAGGAAAUGCAGUCUCAGAAACAUCUUGCAUUUUGCAGCUAUUCCUAGAGGUGUUUCCAACUUCGUGCUGGAGGCUCUGUUGUAACUUCCAUUACUGAGUUACCAUGAUCAGUGGGGUCAUUUUCAAAGAGGACUGGAGCUGGGAAUUGGGGUGGGAGGGCAGGCAUGGGGCUUUGUAGAUUGUAAUGCCUAAUUCUAAUGUUUGAAGUUUUUGUUGUUAUCGAAGAUGGUGGAAUAUGUGGGUGACUAUGGCUGGCAGAGUGUGUGAGUCAGGAUAUCUAUGUGAAUGAGCUCUUGUGGGUGUCCGAGAUAGAUGUGAUGAGUACGCAGUGCGUUACUAAGGGUUAAGGGGAAACACAAAAGGGAAGAUCAGAGACUAGUAAAAAUAGAGAGGAUGGCUAUGGGAAAAAGCUAUUAGGUAAAAAUGAGAAAUAUAUGGCCAUCAGAGGAAGCUAGACAGAGCUAUAGAACAGGCUGCUAUUGAUUCAGAAAGAAUUGGGACAAUGUACAGACGAUUUCUGUUUUCUAUUGCUGCUGCUUUGUGCUUUUUGAAGAAACUCUUUGUUGCAUUGUGAAUCUCAUUUUGCAGUUUGUGUUGAGGCCAGCUUACCAGCGGCGUAAAUUUCAUGUUCUGAAGGUUUAUCAGCUGUCAAGUUCUAGCCUGCUGGAGGGCCCUCUUUGGCUGAUGCUGAGGCAAUCAGGGUGUGAUCUACAGCUUGGCUGGGUGGGUAGGUCAGAGCUGUUUUUUUUUUUUUUUUUUUUUUUUCUUUUAACACAUUUUAAGAACGCAUGUUUAUUCAUAGAAGCUAAGUGGGAUCAGCGGACUUUUGUUUUUAUUUAUUGAUGAACAAGAUUAAUUUUGCCAAAUCACAAGCUAAACUGAAUUAAUUGUGUGGGCUUGAUUUUCAGCUUAUUUUCAGGCAAAUUUAAGAAUCAAGUGUUGGGAAGUUUUUGCAGUUCUGUAAAGCUGAUGAUAAAGGAGAAAAACUAAAGCUUUUUAGCUCUUCAUUUGGAAGCACUUAAUAGAUUUUGCAGUGCUACCAAAUGAUGUACAGUUCUGAUGUGAUUUAAAGGAGGCAUGUGUGUGUGUGUGUGUGUGUGUGUGUGUAACAAGGGAAAGCUAGAGAGAUUAGGACAAGAAAAUAUUCAGAGGGAAAGAGAUUUAACAUGUCAGAAUAUAUCUCUUAGAAUUUUAAAAUGGAAAUGUAGUAAGUGCUUAUUUCAAACUUUAAGGUUCUAAUCAUAGGAGGGCAGACCAUCGGAUCAAAGGGAGCCCAUUCAGAAAAUCCUCUGGAUGGCUCUUUCCAUGCUGCAUUUAGGCUGUCCUGUCAGUGCCCGAAUUCAAGCUGAAGAUCACUUGAAUUUAAAGGGAUGGCAACACAGGCAACUAAAAGACCUCAUCCUUAGACCUGUUGUUUCCAAUCUGACGCGGAGGGUUUUGAGGGCCUUUAAAUAUGUAUUUAGAAGUACUUUAGCAAGGUCAGAUGAUAGAUGGUACAGACAUUGAACAGACCAUAGCUAUGGUGCUGAUCUUGAAUCCUUCAUGGAGAUUUAUGACCUUAUGUUUGUCUCUUCAACAUGGUGCUGGUUGUUAUCUAUGAGUUUUUACUGUGAGACCUGGUAAAACAAAACUCUUUUCUCAAAGGCUCGUCGUUUAGAUCUUUAACUUAUGUAUCAGGUUUUAGAAAACUAAACUCCUGGCCACCUUCCUCAUCCUAAGAGAAGUCAGCUCAUUGUUCUACAGUGCAGCCCGAAGGAGUGAGUAUCAGAAAGAAAGCCAUCUUUCUCCAUCUCUACGUGCUGCUGAUGGACAGUUUAAUGCUCUUAAUGACUUCAAUAAAUUGUCCCUUUUUAGGGCCCCUAAAACUGUCUGUGGCAGAGCAGAAGUGUUUUCUGUGCAACGUUCUAUGUCCUUUCCAGCCCCUUGGAGGUCCUGAAGCAGACCGUGCCAUACAAUGCACUGGCCCCUCAGGAGGGGAAUGUCUUUUCUCCAGACUUGCCAUUUCACGGCCAACUUACAGGUUAGAGGAGCCUGGGACAGCAUGGACCCAUGAAGUUUUUGGUCAUUGUGGGUGCUUUCACCCACGGCUGCUGUGCCCUCUGACUCUACCACCUAGAUACCGCCUUGAUACCAGUUUCACCUGCUUUACUCUCUGUUCAAAAUAAUCCGAGUCCAUCCCUCUCAUACUUACUUGUUUUAGGGACCGAGUUGGACCAGUGCUGGAACAAGUCCUUUAAGGUGCAAAUUUAGACAAAGAGACUGUCCUUCCAAAUUUAUUUGUGCCUUACCUUUCUUUGCCUCCGGGCAUAAGAAUAAAUGAAUGAGUGAGUGUAAUGCCAGUUGAAUAUUGGGAAUUAAAAGUCUGAACCCAAGUGACUCUACAUUUUGUUACUUUUCUGUGACAAGUAAA